AUGACCACGACACCACCCCUCGCGACGGGUGCCAACCCUCCGAUUCCCGCCGAACAGCUCGCCGCACUUACAUCGCUGCUGUCGGGUCUCACCGCUGCCGCUUCCGGCACUGCCACACCCGCCACGACGUCCGGCACCACUCGCACUGCCUUUCCAAAGCACGCACGCUUGGAUGGUGCGAAGACCUUCGCGAACUGGACACGCCAACUUCGCCUGUGCCUAGCGGACGACAUCCGCUCGUACGUCCUCGACGGUAUCGCACCCGACGACUGGACACCUUCGCAACGCUCCGCUCGCGACGCCGUCGCUCGUGAGGUCCUUGCGAAUUCGAUUGACUCGGCCGAAGUCUCGGCAGUCCUCGACAAAAUCCCUACCGCCGACCUGACAGCGCCGACAAUCUACUCGACGCUGAAAUCGCGGUACGCCCCUGACGACGCCACCCGCACGCUCGAGCUCUUCUCACGACUCUGGGGUUUCCGUCCCAUGCCCGGCACGGUUGCCGAAUUCGACGGGUGGAUCAUGGACUUCAAAGCCGUUGCGCAAGAGAUCAUCGACACAAAGACAACUAUCAAUGAUGUUCUCGCCACACUCCUCCUUGCAAUCGCCCACCCGUCCCUCGAGAGCUUCAAGGCGUCGUUCACCGAUGAACAGCGCACGCAACGAACUCUCCCCGACAUUGAUUCGCUUGCCGACCGUAUGCGAGUCCAACUUCGGUCAACGAACAUCCCCAGCACUCAAUCGGCCCUUCUUGCCUCGUCGUCGUCACGUUCUACUCGUCUCAAGUGUCUCGCCUGUCGCAGCCCUUCGCACCGAGUCGCGGAGUGCCCUACGAGGGCGCAACACCCGCCGCCAGGACCCUGUCGCUCCUGCAAGAAGAAGGAUCACUGGUCUCUCGACUGCAAGAAGGCGCUCGAGGACGGCAAAAAGCCCGACACCGCUGACUCGACCGUCGACUCGCAACACCAUGUCGGAUGUCUCGCCACCGGUCUUCUCGCUCGUCGUCGCCAGCUUCGCAACCACUCUUUUGUCGUCGACUCGGGCGCCACUUCGCACAUGGUCUCGGACAAGUCGCUGUUCACGACCUAUCGCCAUAUCGCUCCUACGAAGAUUGGUGGUAUUGCAGGGGGCAUCAACGCCAUCGGAACGGGAAACAUCGCCUUCAUUGCCGCCUCGGGUCAUCCGAUCACGCUUACCGGCGUGCUGCACACUCCGGGCCUGUUUGUCAAUCUUCUCUCGGUCUCUCGACUUUGCGACACCGACGAUGUCCGUGUCGCCUUCACAAAACACGGCAUCCACAUUGACAAGGACGGCAACGACAUCGCUGAAGGCGCACGACUCGACGAAGGGCUCUACUUGCUGGACGCUGAUCAUUCCAAAUGUCAGCACCUUGCUCUCCUUUCUCGCUCACAGUCGUCCGUGCCCCUGCUGACUCUCCAUCGCUGCCUCGGCCAUCUCGCACCGUCCUCCAUACAGAAGAUGGUUGCCGCUGGUUUGCUGGAGGGUCUCAGGGCCGGAUAUAGUGACGAAGAGGUAGAGAAGUUUGUCUGCAAUGCUUGCCUCAGCGCAAAGGGCCAUCGUCUUCCCUUUCCCGAUUCGGAUUCGCACUCCUCAGAGAGACUCGGCCUUGUACACAGCGAUGUGCUUUCCUUCCCCGAGCGGUCCUUGACUGGCAAACGUUACCUGGUCACAUUCCUUGACGAUUACUCGCGCAAACUCUGGGCCUACGCAAUCGGACACAAAAGCGAAGUCUUCGGCAUAUUCAAAACUUGGCUAGCCGAGGUUGAACUCGAGACGGGUGCGACGCUGAAGGUCCUCCGAACCGACAACGGUGGCGAAUACUGUUCGAGAGCGUUCACAGAGUUCUGCAAGACACGAGGCACCCGUCGACAAUACUCUAUCCCACGCACGCCUCAACAGAACGGUCGUGCAGAGCGGGUCAAUCGUUCCAUUGUCGAAGGCGUCCUUGCCCUCCUUGUCGACGCCCACCUACCCAAGACAUUCUGGGAGGAGGCUGCAGCUUAUUUCGUUUACUGCAAGAACCUGUGUCAACACGCGGCCCUGGACAAGGCAACACCAAACUCCGUCUGGCAGGGUGACCACACCACUGCCUCGGCGCUUCACCCGUUCGGCUGUACAGCUUGGCUUACGGUCGCGCCCGAACUUCGCUCCAAACUCGACCCGAAGGCGGUUCGCGUUUUUUUCACCGGCUACGACCUGGCUUCAAAAGCCUUUCGCUUCUACGACACUACAACACAGAAGAUUAUACUUGGCAGAAAUGCCACGUUCCUCGACACUGAAUUCCCCGGAUUACAUGGCGACCCCACUGAGCAAGACGGCGACACGCACUUCGCCAGCGCUCCCACCACCGAAUCUCAAACCGUUGUCAAGACAUGGACCCCACUAGUAAGGUCGGCGCACAUGGACGUCUCAUCCCCCCUUGAUGAUUCUGCCAUGAGCGCCGUUGACGUGGCCCCAGGGUACACUGGCGGAACCUUACUUAACUUCACAGAUGCCGAAUCGUCCUCGUCACCGUCGCCUGCGUCGCCCUCAUCACCGUCGUCUGCGCCAUCGCCUGCACUUUCACCAUCGUCGGCUGCGUCAUCGUCACCCUCGGCCUUACCGACCGACUCUGAAGACUCCGCCGAUCCCCUCGACCUCCUCGGCUCACAGCCCCAGGUUCGCCUCGAUCUACAGGACGUGCACCACCCAGACUUCAGCACGUACCGCGAGCCCGCAUCGGCUGAGGAGUCGCCCGACGAACUCGACCUCAUUGGGCGCCACUCUCGCGACGAAUCUCCGGACGAAAUCGAUUUCCUCACCCGACACCACCGCGCCUUCAUCGCCAUCGACGACGACACCUCUGACACAGAGGCAAUUCAGCCAGUCAAGUCCAUCACGAGCGACCCACAGACCUGGCGCGAGGCGAUGUCUAGCGACAAGCGUGAAGUAUGGGCCAAAGCCGCCACCGACGAGUUCACCUCCAUGCGCGACGACUUCAAGGUCUUCACCAUCGAGGACCGAGCCACGGUGCCCGCGGGUGCGACUAUCGUUACAUCCAAGUUCGUCUGGAAAACGAAACGGAACGCACUCGGCGAAGUCACUGGACACAAGGCAAGGCUGGUCGCGCAAGGCAAUCGGCAACGCGACGGCAUCGACUUCAACGAAACGUUCGCACCGGUCGCACGCUUCUCCUCGAUACGCUCACUCCUCGCGCUGGCGGCCGCCAACGGCUUGCACGUGCACCAGGCGGACAUCGACAAAGCAUAUCUGCAUGGCGACCUUGACCACGACAUCUGGAUGACGGCACCGCGCGGCUUCGACCUUCCCAGCGACAAGGUGCUUCGCCUGCGACGCUCCAUCUACGGGCUCAAACAGGCUGGCCGAAUCUGGAAUCGACACAUCGACGCUUCGCUUCGGGCCCUCGGUUACACGGCGACGGGCACCGACCACUGCGUAUACUCUUGGCUCGAUGAUCGUCAAUGUCCACACUACAUCGCACUGUACGUCGACGACCUCCUGAUGAUCAGCCCGGAACUGGCCGAAAUCGAACGUGUCAUCUCAGGCCUGGACCAACGCUACGGAGUCAAGCGCCUCGGCCCGGCCGAGUAUAUCCUCGGCAUCCAGAUCAGGCGGUUCGACGACGGCUCUAUCGCCCUAUCCCAGGAACGGUACAUCAUGGACGUGCUCGCUCGGUUCCACUUCGACACCACGACUCGCGGCACUACAGUUCCGAUGACUCCCGGCCUUUCGCUCACUGCUAUCCCGGGUCAAGGCACCGAACGGAUCAGGUCAUGGUAUCUGCAGGCUAUCGGCUCGCUCCUCUACAUUUCGCUCGGUACCCGCCCUGACAUCGCCUUCGCCGUGUCCUACCUGGCCCGCUUCGCCAACAACCCCGGUCGUCGUCAUUGGAUUGCGGUCAAGCACAUCCUACGCUAUCUCCGGGCCACGUAUCGCAACGAACUCGUGUAUGCUCGCGGCCAGGCUCGCAUCACGGGUGUGGUAGGCUACUCCGACGCGAACUGGGGGGCCUGCAUCGACACAUCGGUGUCCACCAUGGGCUACGUCUUCUACAUCGCUGGCUCGGCCGUGUCCUGGUCGUCCAAACGCCAGUCUCGAGUUGCCGAUUCGACCACCGACGCUGAAUACCUCGCCCUCUCGCAUGCUGGCAAGGAAGGGAUUUACCUCAGUCAGCUGCUCGAAGAGCUCCAUGUACAACCUGUUGCACCGGCUCACAUCUUUACUGACAACGAAGCCGCUGCUGCAGUUGCUCACGAUCCUGUCCGCGUCUCUGGCACUCGGCACAUACGCUUGCGUGAGCACUUCGUUCGGGACAUGGUGAAUCGGGGCGACAUCUCUCUCUCGCAUGUGGGUACCAGCGACAUGGUGGCCGACAUCUUCACCAAGGCUCUCGGCCCAAAGGUCUUCUCAACGCACUGCUACGCCCUCGGCCUUCGCACUCGACACCCGCGGCUUGGGUCUGCCUCGCAUUCGCGUGGGGGGGGGUGUGAAGAGUCCACUCUCAGCUCGACAGGGGCGCCUCGGUCGUUGCGCGCACUUGCUAGCCCGCCCCCGGCGGUGGGGACUUAGACGCGCGCGACUGCCUCAGCGCGCCAGCGCCGGCGGAUUCAUGCGCGCGCCCGCUAGCCCGCCCCCUUGCGGUGGGGACUUAGGCGCGCCGGCGAUUUCACCCGCGGCUGACUUAGGGAUGUACAUUGUCACGCGCCUGGGACUAUCCCAGCGUGGCCCCCCCCUUUCUGUUUCUUAGCUUCCUUCUCAUCACUUCUGUUCGACUCUCAACCUCUCCUGACAGUAGUGGUGAACGUCUCAUACGGACGUGCACCGCCCAGACUUCAGCACGUACCGUGAGCCCGCAUCGGCUGAGGAGUCGCCCGACGAACUCGACAUCAUUGGGCGUCACUCGCGCGAUGAAUCGCCGGAUGAAAUCGAUUUCCUCACCCAACACCACCGCGCCUUCAUCGCCACAGACGACGACGACCCCACCCUCGACGCCAUCGAGCCCGUCAAAUCGAUCACUAGCGACCCCCAGACCUGGCGCGAAGCAAUGUCCAGCGACGAGCACAACAUCUGGGCUGAGGCCGCCGCCGCCGAGUUCACCGCCAUGCGCGACGACUUCAAGGUGUUCACCAUCGAGCCUCGCUCAUCUGUACCGCCGGGCGCCACCAUCGUCACCUCCAAAUUCGUCUGGAAGACCAAGCGCAACGCAAGCGGUGAAGUCACGGGGCGGAAGGCACGUCUUGUAGCGCAGGGUAACCGACAGCGCGACGGCAUCGACUUCUCAGAAACCUUCGCACCCGUCGCCCGUUUCUCCUCCAUUCGCUGCCUCCUGGCUCUUGCCGCUGCCAAUGGCUACCACGUUCAUCAGGCCGACAUCGACAAGGCUUACCUCCACGGCGAGCUCGAUCAUGAUAUCUGGAUGACGACACCACGCGGUUUCGACUUCCCGAGCGAUAAGGUUCUCCGGCUGCGACGCUCAAUCUACGGUCUCAAGCAGGCCGGUCGCAUCUGGAAUCGUCACAUUGACACAUCACUCAGGAAUCUGGGGUACAAGGCAACAGGCACUGAUCACUGCAUUUACUCUCGCAUUGACGAUCAGCAGCGGCCUCACUAUAUCGCCUUGUAUGUCGACGACCUCCUCAUUGUCAGUCCAGCCCUCGACGAGAUCGAACGUGUCAUCUCCGGCCUUGAACAGCGGUACGGCGUCAAACGACUCGGCCCCGCGGAGUACAUCCUCGGAAUCCAAAUACGCCGCCUGGACGACGGUUCCAUUGCUCUAUCCCAGGAGCGCUACAUCAUGGACGUGCUGGCCCGUUUCCACUUCGACACCACGACACGCGGCACUACGGUGCCGAUGACGCCCGGCCUCUCGCUCACGGCAAUUCCGGGUCAGGGAACGGAGCGCAUUCGUUCGUGGUACCUACAGGCCAUCGGCUCCCUCCUCUACAUCUCCCUUGGCACUCGACCCGACAUUGCCUUCGCCGUCUCGUACCUGUCCCGGUUCGCCAACAACCCCGGCCGCCGCCAUUGGAUUGCCGUCAAACACGUCCUUCGCUACCUUCGCGCCACGUACCGCGAUGAGCUUCUCUAUGCCCGCGGCCCAGCAAAAGUCACGGGUGUGGUUGGUUAUUCUGAUGCGAACUGGGGCGCCUGCGUCGACACAUCCAUUUCAACGAUGGGCUACGUAUUUUACUUGGCAGGCGCCGCUGUCUCUUGGUCGUCGAAGCGUCAGACUCGGGUAGCGGAUUCCACCACUGAUGCCGAGUACCUGGCCUUGUCGCACGCGGGUAAGGAAGCGAUCUACCUUAACCAACUCCUCUCCGAGCUCCACGUUUGCCCAAUCGCUGCAGCUCACAUCUUCACCGACAACGAGGCCGCGGCCGCCGUCGCUCACGACCCCGUUCGCACCUCCGGCACCCGGCACAUUCGCCUCCGCGAGCAUUUUGUCCGUGACAUGGUCAAUCGAGGUGAUAUCUCUCUCUCACACGUUGGCACAGCAGACAUGGUUGCGGACGUAUUCACCAAAGCGCUAGGCCCCAAGAUUUUUGGUACACAUUGCUAUGCUCUAGGCCUCCGGACGCGACAUCCACGGCUCAAGUCUACCUCGCGUUCGCGUGGGGGGGGGUGUGAGGAAUCCACUCUCCGCUCGGCUCAGGACUUAGGCGCGCGGAGCGAACCGGGCGCGGACUUAGGCGCGCGGAGUGAGCCGGGCGCCCCGGCCCAGGACUUAGGCGCGCGAAGCGAGCCUGGGACUUAG